ACUGCACACAGGUAUCAGCUCUCUUAUUAAGUAGCUAUGGAAAAAACUGUCUGGAUUCUACUGUUAUUUCAGAGUUUGUACAUUGCUCAAACUCAGGGUUUUAAUGUGGGGACUUCUGAUGCAAAAAUAUUCACAGGUCCUAGUGGUGUAGAGUUUGGAUACACUGUACAACAGUUCAGUAAUAGUCGAGGAAAAUGGCUGCUGGUUGGAUCUCCAUGGAGUGGAUACCCUAAAAACAAAAAAGGAGACAUCUACAAGUGUAACAUCAGUAGUAACAGCUGUCAGAAGCUAAACUUUAAUAACUCUGUCAACAUAACUGGUGUGGAGAAUAUAAACAUCAACAUGAGUCUGGGUCUGACCCUCACUUCAAUAACUAAGUCUAAAGGAAAUGCAUUCAUGACAUGUGGUCCUCUGUGGGCCCAGAACUGCAGUAGUCAAUACUUUUAUCCAGGAAUCUGUGUUAAAGUGAGCUCAAAUUUUUCACUUCAGUCGGCCUUCGCCCCAGCCAUUCAGACAUGUGGUGGUCCAAUGGAUGUUGCCAUUGUUUUGGAUGGAUCAAACAGUAUUCACCCCUGGCCUGAAGUUGUAAAGUUUCUCGUAAACCUUUUGAACAAUCUUACUAUCGGACCAGAUCAAACUCGAGUCAGUAUUAUGCAGUAUUCAGUGGAUGUGACUUCACACUACAAAUUUAGCUCUGACCAAAGCAAAGAAAAAGUUCUUUCAACUGCAAAGGGUCUUAAACAGAAAACUGGGGAAAGCACCAACACUUUUGCCGCAAUUGACACUAUCAGAAAAGAGGCAUUUCUCCCUGAAAACGGUGGCCGCCCAGGUGCCACUAAAGUGAUGGUAGUGGUCACUGAUGGAGAGUCUUACGAUGGUCAUUUAGCUCAAGAGGUUAUUGACAAGUGUAAUAAAGAUGGCAUCAUUCGCUUUGGCAUUGCUAUUCUCAAAGACACUGCAGAUUUACCAAAACUCAUCCAGGAAAUUGAACUAAUUGCAAGCAUCCCUACAGAAAACUACAUGUUCAAUGUUUCAUCAGAGGAAGCUCUUAACAAAAUUGCAGGAACUCUUGGGGAAAGAAUAUUUAACCUUGAAGGGACCAGCCAAGGAGAAAGAUUUAAAAUGGAAAUGUCCCAAGUUGGAUUCAGUGCACACCAGACCAAUAAGAAGAAUGUGAUCAUGCUGGGUGCUGUUGGUGCGUAUGGCUGGAGUGGAACCGUUGUCCAUCAGAUUGGUCAGGAAUCACAGAUUUUUUCAAAAAAUGCUUUUGAGGAAACCCUGGACGAUAGAAACCACAGUUCAUUACUCGGAUACUCUGUCAGCACUUUAAUUGACGGCUCUUCAGAGUUUUAUGUGGCUGGUGCUCCUCGUGCCGUUCAUAGAGGACAAGUUGUAGUUUACACCAUCAAAGAGAAACAACCCUUCAUUGUAGAUUCACAAAGAGGAGAUCAGAUUGGGUCUUAUUUCGGCAGCGUCCUCUGUCCUGUUGAUGUGGAUGCUGACGGUGUGACUGAUGUUCUGCUGGUUGGAGCUCCAAUGUACAUGAAUGACGAGAAGUUUGAAACAGGCAGAGUUUAUCUCUUCUCCAUUAAUAAGGGCACCUUAGGCAAACAGGGCACCUUAGAGGGUUCCUCCCCACUGGAGAACGCUAGGUUUGGAAUGGCCAUCACCUCAGUACGGGAUCUUAACUUGGAUGGCUUUAGUGAUGUGGUGGUUGGAGCUCCACUGGAGGACAACGGCCAAGGUGCCAUUUACAUCUACUAUGGAGAUCGAAAAACCAUCAGGAAGCAGAGCUCACAGAAAAUACUUGGAUCAAAGCUAGACCAAACGCUUCGACUCUUUGGACGUUCUUUGGAUAGCCGUGAAGAUAUGAACGGUGAUUCAAUCCCUGAUAUUUCAGUUGGAGGAUUUGAGAAAGUUGUGCAGCUCUGGUCAAAGGGAGUGGCAUCUGUCACCACAACGGCCUCCUUUAACCCUGACAAGAUCAACAUUAUGAAAAAACCCUGCCUGAUUGGUGGAAGAAUGGUGUCCUGUUUUACUGCUAAAGUUUGUUUCAGGUCAACAUUCAGACCUAAAACAUUACCGGGUCCAGUAGAUAUCAAAUACAACUUGACCCUGGAUGCUGACCUAGAAUCAUCUAGAGCCAUCUCAAGAGCUCAGUUUGAAAACUCAGAGCGUGGCAUCCAGAAAGCUGUCAGUGUUUCUAAUACAGAAACGUGUUUUUAUCAUAAAGUCAAUGUACAGGAGACUCCUGAUUUUGUGAAUGCAAUCGCUUUGCGGUUAGACAUCAGUCCACAGAAUCCAGAUAUCGGCCCUGCCCUGGAUGCAUUUCACCCUAAAGCAUGGGAGUUUUUUAUCCCUUUUGUAAAGGACUGUGGCUCUGAUGAGAAAUGUACUUGUGACUUGAAGCUGUCUGUAAAAGUUGUCAACUUACCAAGCUCAUCCUCACUGUUAGUGAACUCUGAAAGAAGAAGACUCUCCUUUUCUGUGACAAUAAUGAACAGUAAAGAAAAUGCUUACAAUACAAGAGUAUCAGCAAACUUCUCCGCUAACCUCUUCUACGCGUCCUUCACACCACCCAGUGACAACGCUGAAGUAAAAUGUACUUCAAAAGCAAAGUCACUCGACUGCCAAGUUGGUUACCCAGCUCUCACAACUGGCCAAACAGUAUCAUUUGAGAUCAGCUUUGACUUUAACCUGAAUCAGCUGCAGAAAAACUCCAUUGUGGACUUUGAAGUCCAAAGUGACAGUGAGGAGGAAGUGACAUCAGAUAACAAAGUUUCUGUCAUCACCCCGAUCCAGUAUGACUCUGAAAUCCUUCUCACCAGGGACAUGAACUUGGAUUUUUGUUUGGUUGGGGCAGAAGAUCAAGUCAAAAAUACAGUCUCAGGCUUUGAUGACAUCGGCCCAGAAUUUAACUUAGUAUUACAAGUUUCAACAGGAAUGUUUCCCAUCAAUCAGGCUGAAUUGACUGUAUCACUGCCCACCAGCACCAACGCUGGAAAUCCUUUAUUAUAUGUGACCUCAGUGAAAACUGCACCUGUUGGAAAUGUGCAGUGUUACGCCAGCAGUCUGGUUGACCCAUUGAAGAUCAGUGAGAAAAAGCACACUGUCAGCUUUACUAAAGAGAGCUUUAGAGGAACAAAAGAACUGAAUUGUCAGGCUGUAAAAUGUGAACCCAUUACUUGCCGUCUCAAAGACCUGGAGAUAAAGAGCAACUACUUUGUUAACAUCACCGUCAGGCUGUGGAAUGGCACAUUUGCUUUUGCGGAUUUUCAGACGGUUUCAUUGGCUGGAGACGCUGUGAUCGAAACAUCUCAGCCUGAUCUCAUAGUCAUCACCCAUAAUAAACAGCAGAUAAGAAUUACAGUCAGUAAAGAAGGAGCCAGUGGUGACAUUCCUAUUGGUAUUAUCAUAGGCAGCGUCAUUGGAGGGCUUCUCCUUCUUGCCCUAGUUACCGUGAUUUUAUGGAAGCUUGGCUUCUUCAAGAGGAAGAAAAUGCCAGAGACGACUGAACAGGACCAGACAGAAGAAUAAUGAGACAGAAGAAUAAUGAUUGUGUGAUAACACAGCAUAAAUAAGACGGACAUACUCCAGUAUGUGGAUACUGGAAAACUUGACCCCUGGCCCCCUUUGAAGCUACUGAAAGCAUUUUUUUUUUCUACUAUGAACUGCAUGUUCUUGUACACAUGAACUGAUAUGGUACAUUGAGGUUUCCUCAGUAUAACUACAGUAAAAUAAAUGAUUUUGUUCUGAAUAAUAUUGUAUUUCAAAACAUCUUGCAAUUUUUUUUGCAGAUUUAGUUUUGCAUUUGUCCUUAGUUGACAGUAUCAGGAUGAACAGAUAAGUCUGUGCAUGCAGUAGUGUGACACAGGGGUGGAGCAAGAUGGGGAUCUUUUAAGUCAUUUUGCCAGAGGGAUGUGCCGAGCGAGCCUUUUGAAGCAGUGAUGCUUCUACAGCCAAACUGGUUUAAAGCUUCAAAGCUUUUGUCACCGUACUCCACAUCGCCAUCUGGUGGUCAAUAAAAAAUCAUACACAACCAGCAUCAUCCAGAUGUUUUGUAAGGUCACAUAAUUUCAAGACACAUAGCAGUAAAUUUCGUGUCAUUUUAUUGACAUCAAAGUUUGCUGUUGGCUAUUCUUAAUUUGUAAUAUUAUUCAAUUAGGCCUGCACUAUGGAUUAAAAAAUGGUUAAAAGUAAAAAAGUAAUGCAUACGUAUGGAAGUGUUUGUGUUCCUGAUGAAGGAUCCUACCAUAGAUGCUCAGGUGCAGAAUGUUUUUAUUAUUGUGUUUUUUAGUUUAUGCAUAAUCAUUUAUUUACAUAAUCAUUUUAGAAUCAUUAGUUAUCCACAUAAUUGUUUAUUUGAUUAUUCAAUAUUAUUUUAUCAUUAUCAAUUUCAUUAUUAUCAUUACAUUAUUGUUUAUUCAUUAAUUUAUGCAUUAUGUUUAUUCAUUUAUUCAUUCAUUAUUAUAUUUCUAUAUUUUAUUCAUUCAUUCAUUAUAUUUCUGUUUCAUAUGUCUUAUUUAUUUCAUUGUUGUUCAGUCUUAUAGUUGUCUCACAUUUGUGAAGUUUCAUGAGCUGUCCUGUCUAUCUGUAAACAGAGAUAGAUAAAGAGAAUGUUUAUGGAAGCUCAAGGUUUGUGGAAUGUUGCUAUAUAGUUUUGGGAUAACAGAGCAUGUUGAAUUCAUGCUGGUUAGACGAGGGUUGAACAAGGUUUGAACAUUGAGACAUUUGUAAGCUGUCCAUCAAUAAAACUCUGUUCUAUUUUAUCAUCUAAACCUUCAUCUCAUGGCCUGUUUGUGCUCUCCUCUA